AUGAUACUGUAAGUUUUAUCUUAUCUUCAGACCACCACGACUACCACCACUACCACGACUACUCCGGUAAAUUUAUGGGCAUAAAUAAAUUUUGUUUUCUCUAUGUCACUGCACUGUGCGAUGGGAAAUACGUAGCAUUACACCGGAAGAAAAUUCGCUACCUUAUUCUAUGAUGGUCACACUUUCAAUGAUACGAUAAUUGUUCUUGCUUUCAGUGAGAUUCGGAGUUGGACGAUUGGGGAAAAAGACGAUUGGGGAAAGGGACGAUUGGGGAAAAAGACGAUUGGGGAAAAGUACGAUUGGGGAAACCGAAAAGUAUUAUUUUUCUUCCAUGCAAAUGGCGAAGUUAGGAUAAUCGAGGGUGCUCAUUUCGAAAAUGACAUUCAUUUUUUUGAUUCUUACUUUUUUCCUUAAGUAGUACUGUAAAGUAGUAAUUUUUGAUUUUUUUUCAUAAAUACUCGAUUUAGGGGUUUUCGAGAGUGCUGAUUUCGAAAAUCAUGUAAAUUUUUCCUCUAGUACAACAUAGCACUAUUCUGAUACUAUAUAGUACGAAGUGAAAAUAUGGCUUUUGACGUUAAUGGUGUUGUUUUGAUGCUUAGUACUCUUCAAAAACACGUUUUAAUCACUUGGUGCUAUAUAGUACUAUCUGAUACUAUGUAGUACGAGGUGUAAAGUUGGCCUUUAGGCGUUCGUGGUGUUGUUCUGGUGCUUAGUACGCCUAUUUUUACUUUGUACUACAUAGUAUCAGACAGUACUAUAUAGCACCAAGUCUUUAAAACGUGUUUUUGAAGAGUACUAAGCAUCAAAACAACACCAUUAACGUCAAAAGCGAUAUUUUGACUUCGUACUAUAUAGUAUCAGACAGUACUAUGUAGUACUAGAGGAAAAAUGAACAUCAUUUUCGAAAUCAGCACCCUCGAAAACCCCUAAAGCAAGUUUUUCCCGAAGAGAAUCAAAGAAUUUUCAUCCCGGGGUCGCUUUACCCCAUUUUGGGUCGCAAUCGAUGCGGGGUCGCAAUCGAUGCGAGGUCGCAAUCGAGCGGGGUCGCAAUCGAAGGAUUCCCCUGCAAAUUCGGGUUUAUCGCGGGCAAAAGUGCACGUCGCUAGUGCAAAAAGGGGAAAUCGCGGCGACAAAUGCGAAAAGAUGCACAGUGCGGAUGAAAUGAAAGAAGAGUGCACGGUGCAAAAUGUGUCAGGACUUUAUGUCGCGACUAGUACUACUUAAGAAAAAAAGUAAGAAUCAAAAAAAAGAAUGUCAUUUUCGAAAUGAGCACCCUCGAUUAUCCUAAUUUCGACAUUUGCAUGGAAGAAAAAUAAUACUUUUCGGUUUCCCCAAUCGUACUUUUCCCCAAUCGUCUUUUUCCCCAAUCGUCCCUUUCCCCAAUCGUCUUUUUCCCCAAUCGUCCCAGUUCCAGUGAGAUUACCCUCCUCUCCUUCAGAGCUUCAAAGGAACUGGGCAUCAUGACAGUGCAUAACAAGGGCAAGUCUAACAUCAACCUCGUCGAAUCCGACGCUCGGACGAUGGUUCCUCAGUACACUGAGAAGUUCAAAGAAGAAUUGGAGCAAAGUACAUGUUCAAUUCAAAAGUGGGAAGAUGCUACACAGAUCCCUACGUUCAACUCAGGAGAAGAAACAUGCUACACAGAUUCCUCAAACUACCGUCAACGCUCCGGCUACCAAUGCAACCGCUGA